AUGCCAAUGACUGGUUCAAGGCAUCUGGCGUUUGCGGCGUACGCAUGGUACAAGAGAGCACCAAAGCAAGGAUCGUUUCCGGAUCAUUAUGAGGAUCCAUCGCAAUUCUUUCGGGAUAGCACUUCACCAAUCGCAGCGACAUUGUUCUCGUUAAUCUCGUUUGGGAUCGGUAUGGCGAUCAUCAGGGAUACGACCCGGAUUGGACGAUAUAGCCUCCUGGUCUGGACGUUUGUCUCUGUGACGCCACUCUUUUUAAUGAUGGGUACGACAGAGUUCUCGUUUGAACUGCUGUGGUGGUCGAUGCCACUGUUGCUCCAGAUCGUCGAUCUUACCAGCCUCUGGAUCAUGCAGAGUCCCGACGAGGACAUCGUCCGCCUCGAGAACAGCCAGUACAAGCUUAAAGGCGCCUAA